AUGUCACACGAUUCAAGACUCAGCCAGCAGAUAGCAGCUGUGGCUGACAUUCUCAAUAGUCCACCGCGAUCUCCACGGUCACAGCGAUCACCAAAAAACUCUCAAAGCAGUGCAACCGACUCCCAAGGAUCAAUUGGCUCCCGUCGCGCCAUGGCCCCAAAGCGCCGAACAAGGGUGUCGGCGAGCCCAUCGCCUGCGCCCGAUCAUGUGGCAAUCACCAGAGCAGCAAUCCCCACCAAAUACAGCAUUUCAUACGGCUCACCUAUGUCGCAUUUACCAGACCGGGCCGUUGUUAGCAGCACCAGCGUUGAUAAGGCAGCGGCCGAAAUCUUCACCAAGGUCAGGAGGGACAAGACCGCGGCCGAGGCUCGCCGCAAUGCCAAGGCACAGGAAAGGGCGGCACGGUCAGGAUCCCGGGCCACGACAGUGUCGCCCUCACCCGAGCCGUUCAAACGCGCGACGCCGCCUCCUGCAACAAAGCGUCGGGCUGGGUCGCAAUUGCGACCAACGAUUGAGGUGGAGGAGCCUGACGACAUAGAAAUGAGCGAUACGCAGCAAACGAAUGGGGAUAUGGGAAGCGAGCGUGAGGAUCAGGAAAAUGCCGGGGACCUGUCGGCGACGCGACCCCCGCCCAAGAAACCUGCGCCAAGGGAUGUACGGAAGAGGGCGCAUGACGAUGAUGAAGCUGAAGCGCUCGCCGAGAAAGAGCGUAAGGAGCGAGAUGCUCGCCUGAAGCGAGAGAGGUCAGAGGAGGCUCGCAGAGCUAGGGAGCGUAAGCGGUCUGAAGACGCUGCCCGGAAGAAGGCCGAGCAGGAACGCCUAGCAGAGGAGAAGCUCCAACAGCAACGCCAAGAAGAGGAGAAACUCCAACAACAACGCGAAGCAGAGAAGAGGAAAGCGGACGACGAGGUGGCCGAGCAACAGCGACUUGUCGACCAAAUAGCGAGGGAAGAGGCUGCGAGGGCCGCCAUGCCCCCGCCUCCCCAACGAUCCGCGCGGCACGCCCACAUGGAUAUGUCUGUGACGCCCAACAACGUCCCGUCCUCGCAGGACAGCGACGUCCAGCGGCCCGGCUCGGCCCGCAGUUUUAUCGAGGAGCGGAACCUCUUCAACGAAGCCCACAUCAAAACCCCGACACCGCCGCCGGCCAUGAAUGCACGACAGGCUAAGGCUAGUGCGCCAAUCUCACCUCCAGAGUCGCAAGAAGCACCACAGCGGCCGGAUGUCUCCUCCCCCCCUAGUGUAUUGAAGAAACCGCCGAGGCGCCCCGGCGGCUUGACGCCGAAGGCUCACCUUCGAAAGCCCUCUGGUCUCGCUAGGGAGCUCUCGCCAGACCUGGGCACGCCCGGCCCGGACAUUGACGAGGCGGAGAAGUUACCAGAAGUCGAGGUGACACUGAACGAUUCACACAUCGCGGGUAGUUAUGCGCAACGGGUACGCGAUCGCCUUCUUAACCUCGAUCCUAGCGACAAAAGCCAAGUUGACAACCUUCAGGGUCCUGAGAUGUCGGAGGUAUAUGACCGUCAACACCACGGCUUUGAUGUCAAGGGCUUUUUCCACCCCGUCACGCUGGUCAAGACAGUCAUUGCCGCUUUUCUUCUACUCCACGUAAUGCGUUUUGCGCAUACCCUAGCCCGCCCGGACCUGUUCGACAGACCCCUCCUUACCGUUCGUUGGUACGGCUGGGAUGACCUGCAAAACAACGUCGGCCAGUUCUUCCCCUCGCCGCUCCUGCACCCGCUUGGUGUUCUCACCAACCAACAAUACACCGACAUGAAGGAUUACAUGCAGACGAGGGCAGCUCCGACGCAGAAAGCAGUGGAAGAUAUCCAAGCGAUUCUCCCGAGAGUCGUAUCGGUCAAGAAAGACUGGAAGGGCAGGGUCGUCAUCGCAGAAGAGUUCUGGACCGCGCUCAGGGACAAGAUCGAGCACGACAACGCGAUUCUCACUCUGGAUUCCAAGUCGCGCAUUUCUACCCCGCACUGGAAGGCUAUUGAGCAGCGCUUGAAGGACGCCGGCUUGCUCGCGGAGCACCUCUCGGCUGACGACGUGAAGCGGAUUGUCGACAAGGCCGCGCCCGAAUCUUGGGAGAGGUGGCUGCAAAAGAACAAAGACAAGGUGGCCGACGUCAUCAGCCCGGGCAAGGGCCCAUCCAAGGGCACGGGCGAGACUGUUAUAUCCAAAGCAGAGUUCAUGCGCGAAGUCAGCGACCGUUUUGCUAAGUUCAACGCUCAGCUCGACGUCGAGAUGCGUGAUUUGCGCAAGGAGAUCGGUUUUGUGAUCAAGAAGCUCGACGACAAGGACAGCAUGAGCAAGACCGAGACGACAACAUUGAUCAACAAACUCGUUGACAAAGAGAUCACGCGUCGACUUGCCUCCUUUGGACGCAGCCAAGGGUCUGUCGGCAUCGAUUACGCAUUCCGCAACCGGGUCAAUCUCUUCUCGCCGGGCAACAAUGCGCAGAUCGAUAUAUCGCUCUCCUCUCCCACCUGGGACAUCGCCACACCCCGCGUUGGCUCCAAGAAGUGGCUCAAGCACAUGCCGCGCCAGCCACAGUUUCUCCACGACAAGUCGCAAGCCCUGCGUCCCUGGACCGAACCGGGCCACUGCUGGUGCGCAGGCACCCUUGGCGCGGCCAACCGGACCUACCCGGCCGUCCUCGCCGUUCGCCUCCCGCAGUUUGUCGUCCCCCAGCACGUCCUGCUCGAGCACAUCGACCCGGCCGCGACCACCGACCCCCUCGCCAUGCCGCGCGACAUUGAAAUCUGGGCCCAGUUUGACGACCACGCCCGACGCGAACGUGUCCUCGACUGGAUGGCCGCCCAGUUCCCCAGCACCGCCAUUCCGCCCGCAACCACCUCAGGUUCCUGGCUACUCGCUGACGGGUGGGCCAAGAUUGGCCAAUUUGCCUACGAACAUCGCGCGCGUGACGAGGGGAUGUUUGUACACGCGCUGUCCCGCGACCUUGUCGACCGCUUGCAGGCGGCGACGGACUCGGUGCUCAUUCGCGCGGUGAGCAACUACGGUGCGCGCGACCACACGUGCUUCUACCGCGUGCGCUUGUAUGGCGAGGUGGUAUAG